GCUGAGCUGAAGAGUACUCAAGAUGAUCUGAGUGUGAUGAGUAAUGACCUACUGUCAAACAAGGACACUUUCAAAAAAUCACAGUCUGAGUUCAUUGCAGAGAAAAAACAUUUAUGCAGUCAGCUGAGCGAAACACAAGAAAAUUACAGCAUUGCGACUGAUAAGCUGAGGGAGCUUGAGAUGGAGCAUACAAGCACCCUGAAUGAGUUACAACGUAUCAAAGGAGAAAUUGCUGAAUUGUGUGAAAAGAAAAGUGCUAUGGAAACUGACAUGACAGCCCUGACAACUGAGGUGGGAAAUCUUAAAAUUAUGGUCAAUGAAAGUGAGAAUAAGGUCCGUGACUUGGAAGAAAUUCUUAAGCACAAAGAAAAGGAUGUGGAAGACCUUAAAUCUGAGUUGGUGAAUGUGCAGGAUGAAUCUUCUAAAUGUCAAAAAAAUCUCCUAUCAAAUGUACAAAAGAAAGAUCAAGCAGUUACUUGCCUAGAAGAAGAAUUGAAGAAGACGAGGGAUGAAGUGGAAUUGACACAGUGCGAAUUGAAUGAUCUGAAAAAGACAUUAGCUGAAAAAGAGCAGGACUUCCAAGAAGAAGAGAAAAAACACAAAGGAACAGUCAACUCAAUGCAAGAGAAUAUAGAAGUUAUGCAGGAGAAUUUGAAAACUGUGAAUCAGGAAUUACUGGAAGAGAAGCACAAAGUCACCAGUCUUCAGGAAGAGAUUACUAUGCUGCAGUCACAAAUGACUGAAAUGAAGGAGUAUACGGAAAUAAGGGCAAAGCAGAGUCAGAAAGAAGAAGCUCAAUUACAGCUUGAUCUUGAUGUCCGAAUGGAUGAAGUUGAUGAUUAUCAAAAGCAGUUAGCAGCUAAAAAUGAGUCACUGCUUGCACUUGAGAAAGACCUUGUACUGUCAAAGGAAAAAGUCUCCGAAUUGGAGAAGGUUAUCUCUGAUCAUGCUGAACAGAUGACUAAGAUUAUUGAAAGGCACCAAGUAGACACUAACAGACUCGAAGAAGAGCUACUGCAUCAUAAACAUCAAGUGGAGUGCUUUGAGCAGCAGAUCAAAGAGUUGGAGAGUACCUCUUCAAAUGACAAAUCAUUGUUACAGCAGCAGUUACUUGAUGAAAGUCAAAGAUUCAAGCACUUGACAGAAAAAUAUGAAAAUGAAAUGAAGAUAAUGAAGCUUGAAAAUGAGACGUAUAAAUCAGAGCAUGAACAUAUUGUGAGUUUAGUCGAGGAGAAGGCACGGCAUCUAUCAGAAGAUUUGGAAAAGGCGAAAGGAGAUCUUAAAGAUGAGAUGGACUGUAGAAAUCAAGUACAAGCUGUUGAUGCCCAACACAAUGCUAUGAUUAUAGUAUUACAAGAUGAAAUUGCUGCUUCAAACGAAGCUCUCAAAGACAAAACUAACACCAUGCUAGAACUGGAACAACAGCUUGAGGACACAAAGAGCAAGUUGGGCAAUGCUGCGACUCAUAUCGAUAAACUGCAGGAGUCGCUCAAGGAACGAUAUGAUGCAAUGCAGCACGCUGAGAAGGAAUUCAGUGAUGCAAGACAUGAUCUAGAGAUGAGAAUCAAGGGUCACGAACAUGAAAUUGAGAAUUUAAAUAGUGAUCUUGAAACAAAGGAAAUUGAACUAGAGAAACUUCACAAACUGAAGAGCAGUGUGGAGACUGAACUUGUAACUGUGACGGACAAGAAGAAAGAAGAUGAUAACAUUUUGAGUGUCAGAUUAGAAGAGUUGGAUGGGGAAGUUACUCAACUGAAAGAAGAAAAGGGCUAUGUAACCGAUCAGUUAGACUGUCUGAAAGACAAACUGUCAAGAAUAGAGUCUGAGAAGAAACAAGCGGAGUAUAGAGCACAGUGUGCUGAGGAUGAACUAACAGCUACUAAAACUGUUGUUGAAGAAAUGAAAAUGCAUGUAGACCAAAUGAAUGAGGAAAAACUGAACUUUGAGAAGAAGGUUGUGGAAUUGAAGGAUGAGGUUAAAAGUUUGAAGGAGCAGCUGCUUGCUGCAGAAGCCCAUCUAGAAAAAGUGCAGUUCACUGUUGAACAGUCUGCAGAGAAAGACCAGGAACUCUCAAGCCAAGUUGAGAGCCUUGGGACAGAAAAAACCAUACUUGCUGAGAAGCUUGACAGUAUGCAAAGGGAGCUUAUGGAUGCUUCAACAUCAAAGAGAGAGUUGAUGAAUCAGUUGGAAUAUUUAACAGCUGAUUUGGAGAAUACACAAGCUGAGAGAGAGCAGCUAGUUGGUAGCGUUGAACACUGGCAGUGCAGUCAACAAGAAAUAAGCCAGCAGAUUGAAGAAUUCAAGCAAGAGAAGGAAAGGCUUGGGGAUGAGUUGCAGUCGGUACUGAAUCUAAAAGAAGAUGCAGAGCAGAUGGUCGAAGAUUUGCAAGACACUGUCAGAGGGCUUGAGAAUGAACGAUUGGAAUUGCGUGAGAAGGUGAAAAGUCUUGAAGUCACAAAUGAUGGCUUGAAAUGCCAGGUUAAAAUUAAUGAAGACGCCAUUGAGAAGUUGCAAAUUGAGAAAAAUGAACUUGAUAGUAAUCUUGACACUAUGGAAUCCUCUACAAAUCUUGUCAGUGUGGAGAAACAAGAACUAGAAGGGCAAGUCAGGGAAUCAAAUAUAGCAAGAGAGAAUGCAGAAAAAGAACUGAAAAAUGUGCAGACAAAUCUGAGCCAGUUGCAGGAAGGAAAGGAAGCCUUAGAAAAAGAACUGAAAAUCGUGACUGCAGAGAAAGCUCAUUUGGAGGACCGAUUUAGUUCAACCCAGCGUGAGUUGCAAGAAAUCACAGAAGGGUGUAAACAAUUGAAGUCUAUCAUUGAGACAUUUGCAAGUAAAGAGAAACAAGCUAGAGACCAGCAGCUUGCGAAUGUGGAAUUCAUCGAGAGUUUACAAACAGAAAAUUCUGAAUUGACAGAGCAAGUGAAGUGCAGUGAGAGAGAACUUGCUGAAGUAGAAACACAGAGUAAAAAACUUGCUGCUGAAAUAGAAAAGCUUGAACAUGAGAAUAAAACAUUGAGGGACAAAAUGGAGGCUUUAGAAACUGAACUCAGUGUACUCGAUUCAGAAAAAGGUGAUCAAAAUAAACAGCUUGAGAUGAAAGUUGGGGAAAUGGAACAUCUUCAAAGUGAAAUCAAGAGUCUGUCUCAUCAGCUCAACAACACAAGACAAGAGAAAGAAGUGAUCGAAGGCCACAUGGAAGGCGAGGUUUCGUCUCUCACAACAGAAGUUAGUAACCUGAGUGACGACUUAAAAUCUGCCAGCUCGAAGCUCAAGAAAUUAGAAGAACGUGAACUGCAGUAUCAGCAGAGCAACUGUGCCCUCGAAACAGAAAAGCAGGAACUUGGCGAACAGGUUGCUGCGCUGAAUAUUCAGAGUAAAAUAAUACAGGAUGAGAAAAAUUCAUUUGAAGAAGAAUUGCAGCAACUUCAGAGAGAAUUCCAAGAUAUUGCCCUGGCAAAAGAAACUCUGGCAAAGGAGCUACAAAAAGUUGAGACCUGUAAGCAAGACUUGAUUGAGCAAGUCUUGUCCUUGGAAAGUGAAAAGACUCUUCUCUUAUCUGCAAAUACUGACAUAGGCAAAGAGGCCGAGAGCACAAAGUUUGAAAUUGAUGAACUGAAAUGCAUGAUUGAGGAGUUGCAAGAGCAACUGAAGGCAGAGACAAACCGAGGAGAGGAACUGCAGGAGGUCCGUGCCAUGAUGGAAGAUGAGAACACAACUUUAAAAAAACAACUGGAAGAUGCACUGACAGAGUACAAGAAACUUGAAAAACAACACUCUGAUAAUGUAGCCACUAUUGACAAAGAGAAAGAUAGUCUGCAGCGUGAAGUACAUCAACUCCAGUCCAAAUUAGAGGAAUAUCAAACUGAAGCUGUAGAUGCAAAGUUGUCAUUAGAUGAAAUUACAAGUGAGAAAUCUGACGUGGAGAAGACUUUGCAGCAGAAACACAAGGAGCUAAUUGAUUCCAAAGCUGCACUACAGACUGAGAUUGCGAAGUACGAACAAAAACUUGCUGAUUUAGAGAUCCACAGUAAAGAAGAAAUAACCCGCAUGCAAGAAAAGUAUGAUGCAGAAUUAGAGACUUACAAGAAUAAAGUGACAAAUGUGGAGAAACAGUUAACAGAACAGAAGACUGUGAUUGGCGAUAUCACCACACAAAGGGAUGCAUUGGUGCUAACUGUCCAGCAAGUUGAAGACAAAUUAACCAGCGUUACUGCAGAAAGUGAAAACAUGGAGGAAGAAAUUAAUAGUUUGAAAUCCAAAUGUGAGCAGCUUAAGUUAUCCGAAGAGAAAGCUAAGCAAACCAUGAAGAAUGUCACCAUUAAACUGAAACGGCUUGAAGUUGAAGGGUCACCCAGCCAGCAACACACUCGGGAGAUCAAGAAACUUGAAACGCAGUGCUCUAAAUUACGAGGGGAACUUGCCGAAGAGAAAACUAUGAGAGUUAAAGUAGAAGCAGAAUUCAACAAACUUCAGGGGGAUCUAAAAACUACAACAGUACCGAAUGAUGUAGAUGAUAAUAAACUGAAAGCUAAGGUUGAGGCACUACAGAAAGACAAGGCAUACCUGCAGGGAAAAUUACAAUUGGCAAUGAAUAAUGCUAAAAGAUUAGAAAAAGACUUGUCAUCGAUGCGCAGUCAUAUAUCCAAGAUUGAAGCCAAUAAAAAUAACGAAAGUGAAACUGGUGGGGAUCGGGAAAAAGUUGAGCAUUUGCAAAAGCUGCUGAAAGAUAUGGACGAUAAGUUGGCAUCUAAGGAGAAAGAAGCCAGUAGCAGUAUGGAGAAGUAUUACAAUUUGAUCAAGAAAUUUAAGAAGACUGAAGGUCUGAAUGAGAGCUUAAAAACCAGAGUGAUGCUACUUGCGCAUCAAUUGAAAUCAACACAGGGACAUAAAAGUAUGGAUUCAAUGUCCUGUACAAACAAGAGCGAAAAAGUUGAAAAAACCACAAUUAGUAGUCCAAUGGUUCCCUGUGAAGUGAGAGUUGAGAAAUUGCCAGAAUCAACACAGAAUUUAACUCCCCAAGACAUUAGAAAGACUCGACUAUCUACUAAAAGGAGAAGUCUUAGUCGACGCUCACCUGCAGUAGAAACUCAGAAAAUGCCUAAAAGGGAUACACAAAAUGCUGAAGUGGAAAGAAAAACAGAGGAGCCAAGGAGCAGUAAACGUUCAAGGAGUCCGUCUACAUCCCAAGAGUCAAAGCGUGCUAAGCAUUUCAGUGGAAAAGUGGAUGACAAUAAAGCUGUUCUAAAACAUGUGGAACAUAAAAAGCUUGAAAUUAAAGACUCAGAUGAUGUCAAUAAAGUGUCUGAGAAUGGCUGUGAUGCUAGCAGUCAAAAUCUUCACCAAUCAACUGUGUUAUCAUCCUCAUCGCCAUUGUUAUCUGCAGUUGCAUCUAGUACGCAAGCCAAGAAAGUUUCUGCUGAUUCACUCACAGUUCCCACCAAUCACCACAGACUGAGGAGCCAGGAUCAUCAUCAGCAGUCGUCGGACGUCAAAGUGAAACCACCAGCUCGUAGGGUAACACGCAGUCACAGCUCAGCCAGAAUGGCCACCAACCCAUCGGUGGAAAGUGCGGCUUUGACAACUGUGACAAACAGUCCCAAGAAGGUUUUAACUGCAGAACCCACAAAGAGAGGUAAUCGUAUGGGAACUGCACAGCGCUCACUAAGUCUGAAGAAAUCACCUGAGCAGAAAGCCUUGCGCAAACAACAAGGGCAAGGCAAAGGCAAAGAAGAUUGCAAAGUUCAAUAG